GAACUGGGAGCAUGCGAUCUAUCUAUAAAUACCGCUGGCGUGUGGCAGUGGGAGAUUCGACUUGCCCUCUGAAGCGCUACGCCACACACGCUCGUGUCCUCAUAUGACAGCCUGCCGACUAUAAGUCAUAUAACGUUAGCUGAUAAGAGGGACUCACACUCUCUCUCGUGACCAUCCCGAGAUCUUGGCUACGCUCCGCGUCUAAUCCAAACAGCCCGUCUCUGUGUUUUUAAAAAUCCACACACGGAAUAUAAACACUUUUCUUGGCUUAUACCGGACCCAGCUUUGGUUUUGAUCAUGCCAGCCGAUAAUAUGGAGAAGCAGACCGCAUCACCUAUUGCUGGUGCCCCUGCCAGUGGAUCUCAUACUCCGGACAAACCAAAGAAUGCCAGCGAGCACAGAAAGUCUUCGAAGCCAAUCAUGGAGAAACGCCGCAGAGCGAGAAUAAACGAGAGCCUCGGACAGCUGAAGACCCUGAUUCUCGAUGCUCUUAAAAAAGACAGCUCAAGACACUCUAAAUUGGAGAAAGCUGAUAUUCUUGAGAUGACUGUCAAACACCUGCGCAAUUUGCAGCGUGUUCAGAUGACUGCAGCCCUGUCAGCUGACACAAACGUCCUCAGCAAGUAUCGCGCGGGAUUCAAUGAGUGCAUGAACGAGGUGACUCGAUUUCUCUCUACUUGCGAGGGAGUGAAUACGGAGGUUAGGUCGCGACUUCUCAACCACCUGUCCGGUUGUUUGGGACAGAUGAUGGCCAUGAACUACCCUCAGCCUGCCCCAGCUCAACAGGCGCAUCUGGCUCAGCCUCUUCACGUGCAGCUUCCUUCAACUUUGCCCAUGAACAGCGCCUCAAUGGGCCCCAAACUCAGUCCAUCAGAAGCGGUCUCACCCAAAGUCUUUGGAGGAUUCCAGCUGGUGCCAGCCACCGACGGACAGUUUGCUUUUCUUAUCCCCAACCCAGCUUUCGCUUCUGCUACAACCCCUGUCAUUCCCUUGUACGCAAACGCAAGUGUUCCAGUGACUGUCAACGCCAGUCCCGUCCAGCCCAGCUCGGCCCCCACGGUGGCAUCUCCUGUGCAGGGAAUGACCUCCUUCGCGGGCGUUUCACAGGCCGUCAGUCCCGUUGGUGUUAGUGCCGGAGCAGAAAGCAAUGAUCCGGUGUGGAGACCUUGGUAGACUUGCUCAUCCCAUACGAACUUUUAAAACAGUUUUUCACGAUGAAGAAAAUACCUUCAGUUCCGUUUUAAGGGACUUUGUUGACCUUCUGUUGGACAAGGCCUAUAUGUUUGUUAGCUGAUUCCAAUAUUUGGAUGUUGUUAAUGAAUAUGCUGUUGUUAAUUCAACAGCAUAACACUUAAUGUUUAUAAAGUACUUUUUUUAAACAAAAGAAUUUAGUUUUGUACAAAGUUUGUAAAAGAUUGUAUUAUGCCAAAGCUUUCUUGUUGUUUUUUUCAUGAUGAGUGUUUUAUGUUUGAUGCUGAAUAAAUCAAAAUAACGAAA